AUGGAAAUUAAGAAGUCACCUGAUGGCGGAUGGGGCUGGGUGAUUGUGCUUGUCUCCUUCUUUACUCAAUUUCUGUGUUAUGGAUCCCCGGUAGCAGUUGGAGUCUUGUACAUAGAAUGGCUGGAUGCUUUCGGUGAAGGAAAAGGAAAAACAGCCUGGGUCGGAUCCCUGGCAAGUGGAGUUGGCUUGCUUGCAAGUCCUAUCUGCAGCCUCUGUGUCUCAUCUUUUGGAGCCAGACCUGUGACGAUCUUCAGUGGCUUCAUGGUGGCCGGAGGCCUAAUGUUGAGCGGUUUUGCCCCUAAUAUCUACUUCCUGUUUUUUUCCUAUGGCAUUGUCGUAGGUCUUGGAUGUGGUUUGUUAUACACGGCAACAGUGACCAUUACGUGCCAGUAUUUUGACAGCCGCCGAGGCCUUGCACUUGGCCUGAUUUCAACAGGUUCAAGCGUUGGACUUUUCAUAUACGCUGCUCUGCAGAGGCUGCUGAUUGAGUCCUACGGACUGGAUGGGUGCCUGCUGAUUGUGGGUGCUUUAGCUUUAAAUAUAUUAGCCUGUGGCAGUCUGAUGAGACCCCUCCAGUCCUCCGAUUGCCCUUUGCCUGAAAAAACAGAUCUGGAAAGUGUACCAGAUAGAUUCUCCACUUACAGUGAAAAAGAAAAGAACCUAGAAGAAAACAUAAGCAUUCUUGAAAAGAGCUACGGUAGUGAGGAAACAUAUAAGAGCACGUUAGCCAACGGUGACUGGAAACAGGAAAACCUACUUCAUAAAAACCCGACAGCAAUGGCGCACCGCACAAGAGAGACCGAAACAUACAAAAAGAAAGUUGCAGAACAGACAUAUUUUUGCAAACAGCUUGCCAAGAGGAAGUGGCAAUUAUACAAAAACUAUUGUGGAGAAACUGCGGCUCUUUUUAAAAACAAAGUAUUCUCAGCCCUCUUCAUCGCUAUCUUUCUUUUUGACAUCGGAGGGUUUCCACCUUCAUUACUUAUGGAAGAUGUAGCCAGAAGUUCAAAUGUGAAAGAGGAAGAGUUUAUUAUGCCACUUAUUUCCAUUAUUGGCAUUAUGACGGCAGUUGGUAAACUCCUUUUAGGGAUACUGGCUGACUUCAAGUGGAUUAACACCUUGUACCUUUACAUAGCCACCUUAAUAGUCAUGGGCCUGGCCUUGUGUGCUAUUCCAUUCGCCAAAAGUUAUGUCACAUUGGCAAUACUUUCUGGGAUCCUCGGGUUCCUUACUGGUAAUUGGUCCAUUUUCCCAUAUGUGACCACGAAGACUGUGGGAAUUGAAAAAUUAGCCCAUGCCUAUGGGAUAUUAAUGUUCUUUGCUGGACUUGGAAAUAGCCUUGGACCACCAAUUGUUGGUUGGUUUUAUGACUGGACCCAGACCUAUGACAUUGCAUUUUAUUUCAGUGGCUUCUGCGUCCUGCUGGGAGGUUUUAUUCUGCUCCUGGCAUCCCUGCCCUCCUGGGAAACAUGCAACAGGCCCCUCCCCAAGCCGGCUCCAACGGCCUUUCUGUACAAAGUUGCCUCUCAUGUUUAG